AUGAGUCGUCCACAUAUUCUUGCUAUACCAUACCCUGCACAAGGCCAUGUAAUUCCUUUACUGGAGCUUUCCCAAUGGUUAGUUAAACAUGGCUUCAGAGUCACAUUUGUCAACAAAGAUCAUACUCACAACCGAGUCAUCAACGCUUUACAAGAAAAUUUUACUGGGGAUGAAAUCCAUCUGGUAUCAAUUCCGGAUGGAAUGGAACCGUCGGAAGAUAGAAAUGAUUUCGCGAGGUUAUCUGAAACAAUGCCGAAGGUGAUGCCUGGAGAACUGGAGAAGCUCAUAGAAGAGAUCAACAGAGUGGAAGAAGAAAAGAUAGUUUGUGUGAUUGCGGAUGGUAACGUUGAAUUUGCCAUUAGAGUUGCAGAGAAGAUGAAAAUUAAGAAGGCAGCAUUUUGGUCUUUAGCAGCUGCAAGUCUGGCCUUGCUUUACAAUGUUCCGAAGAUGAUUGAUGAAGGAAUCAUUGACAGUGAUGGAACUCCAAUCAAGAAACAAAUGAUUCAGCUCGCUCACAAUAUGCCUGAAAUCGACAGUACAAACUUUCUUUGGGCCAACUUGGGUGGCGGCUUAGCUUUCCAGAAGAAAAUCUUUCACCGCAUAGAGAAGAUCACAGAAGCUGUGAAAGUGGCAGACUGCCUCAUUUGCAACUCAACAUCAGAUUUUGAACCUGAAGCGUUCAACUUGGCUCCAAAUAUUCUUCCAAUAGGACCUCUUUUGGCAAGCAACCGACAAGGAAAUUCAGCAGGAUACUUCUGGCAAGAAGACUCAACUUGCUUGAAAUGGCUAGACAACAGCAGCCUAACUCAGUCAUUUAUGGCAUUUGGCGCUUCACAGUUAUAG